UAAUUGUUUUCUUUUUUGCGUGUGUUUAUAAAUUACCUCGAGGGCCACACCAAAUGGUCUCGCGGGCCGUAUACGGCCCAGGGGCCGGAGGUUCCCCACCCCUGCCCUAGACCAACGAGCCAUGACAAAAAGCAAUUAUUUCACCUUACCAACUUCUAACAAGUGGUGUCCACUUGUUAGAAUGCCCGAGCAGCCAUGGAGGACAAAUAGAAGAAGCAGGCAGGUUGGUGUUUUUCCACAGAAAACUGUUUUAUUUUCUCAACCACUGUGACCACAUGGCUGUCCUCCAUCACCCACACAGUAUACAACCAUGAAAACAAAGGCACUGCAUGCUUUACCUGUGAGCAGUGGCACAAGCUGAAUUGCCCAAUCUUCUUUCGGGCCAUAGGCAGACAGUGGCCAUAAUUUCAAACGUCAUAAAGUGCUCAAUAUCAUCUUCAGGAGUGAGUGGCAUUAACUUGGGGUCUCUACGGAAGUGUGGUGCUCUUCUCCCCAAUGGCGGCUCAUUCCACAGGUCGGAUCGGUCUGCUCGUAACCUGAGCUCCUCCCCGUCGUCCUCAUCAUCAUAAUCCUCCUCAUGGCGACGGCGCUCAGUUCUGUUUUCCGAUUCUUCUUUUAAAGAGCCUGUGACAGCCACCCAACAACUGUUGUGCAAUGAAAUAGUGGGCUACUAGUAAUCUCGAACCGUCAGUUUAAAAAAGAAAAAGCGAUACCGUUUCGAUAAAUAUCAAUAAUUUCGAACAUCGCGGGAAAAUUCCUUCGACUCAUUUUGAGGUUUGGGGGGAAGCCGGAAGUGACGUCAAUGCGGGAACACUUCACCGUGCGGCGAGAGAUCCAAACACGGACAAAGUGUGUUGCCAUCAGUAAGAAUGGUUCGACGAUGCGUUGUGUCUGGGUGUUCCAAUACAGCAAAUGACGAACUAAACAUCAGCAUCCAUAGCUUUCCCACAGAUGUCAAGCGUCAGCGCACAUGGGAGAAAAACGUGCAGAACACAAGGGCCAAAUGGUCUGUGAAGAACCCCCGAACGACCUACAUAUGCAGUGCCCACUUUCUGCCCGAUGAUUUCGAGGAAGGGCCUAUAUGGAUGGUUGGAAGUGGGAUAGAUGUAACGCGAAAACGGAUUCUGAAGCCGUCAGCAGUGCCUACUCUCUUUCCCACGCCGUCGCAAAUCCGUCAAGGCACCGGAGACUUUGCCACCGCCACCCCCCCCAGCAAAACGCCACAGAAGUGCCUACUUCGAGAAACGAGAGAAAACUCAGGUUUUGGAUUCUCUCCUAAAGCCACGGUUGACAGCUGAUGGUGCAUCAGCUGCACAUACUUCAACUGCAUGCAGUGAUGCAUCAGAUGAUCCCAUGCAAGAGACGCCAGGCACUAUGACCUCUGCUUGCCAAACUGAUCCAGUAAAGGAGAAGAAAAAGCCACAGAGGAGCAAAGGGGUUCAAACUAAGCCGCGAGAAAAGACAACAGGGACUCCAAUAGAGAGGAAGCUGUUCCAAGACACUGGCAGUCAAUGCAACAUCAUUCCCACCCCAAAGAAAGAGGUAUCACCUCCACCAUCAUCAUCAUCAUCUCCAUCUCCACCUUCGUCACCUGACCUUUCAUCAUCAGAAGGUGACUACCAGAGGAACAGUGAGCCGGAUAUGGAUGAGCCUGUCACACCCAUCCACAAGGAGAAGAAGUUUAUUGUCUUCAUGACUUGCCUCACGAGGUUGCUCAGCUGGUGCCACUGCCCCGACUGUGGUUCAGUUGACAUUUCCACAUGCAACAAUGUCAUUGGCUCACUCCUAGUCAUUACGUUGUCAUGUGCAUCUUGCUUCAAGAAAGUGACAUGGAACAGCCAACCCUACAUCGGCAGCACACCAGCGGGCAACAUUCUCUUGUCCGCUUCAAUUUUGUUGGCAGGUGCCACUGCAGGAAAGGUUCUGCGGGUUAUGAGAACCAUGGCAUUGGCGACCAUAUCUUCACGGACAUAUUUCCGGCACCAGAGAAGUGUUUUGUUGCCAGUUGUCCAGCGAGUAUGGAACAUGAGACAGACAUUCUUGCUUGGCACAUUUCAGGCAGAGGGAAGAGACCUGGUCCUGGGAGGUGAUGGCCGGGCCGAUAGCCCGGGACAUUGUGCAAAGUUUGGGAGUUACACCAUGUUGGAGCUGCAUGCCAAUGUAGUAAUAGAUAUUCAGCUAGUUCAGGUGGGUUACCGGUAUCUGAAUAAGUUUAUGAGCAGGGUUGAAAUCACUUGACUGAUAUAUUUUGUAUAUGCAAAACACUGAUAUUAAGUGUAUUUUUUUAAAUAUCUAUUAUUACAUUUGUUGACAUUUUUGCAAAUAAUUAGCCAAUGGUGUGGCCAAUUCAAACCAGCUGCAUUGGAUAUAU